GGAAACACAAAGAUUUUAAAUAAUAAUAAAUAAUUUUAACAAAAAGAAAUACUUAAACCAGGAUUGAUAAUGGUUGCUGGAACGAAUGUGUUAAAAUUAGCUAUAAAUUUAUUACGUAUACGGACACAUUUUACUGUAACUGAUAGCUUACCGGAACUACAUAAACCAUACUUUGGCAGAAGAAAGGAAGACAUUCUUAAAAGCAUAAAUGAUUUAUCUAAUCGCAUAUCAACAUCAGAAAUAGCACGCAAAAUGAGAAUUGCGAAGGGAUAUUAUACUUUGGAAAUUUCACCGCCUAAAAGUGAUGAAAUGGCGCAAAUGAAAGACGACCUCAAACUUCUACAAGAUUUCUUUAAAACUGGAUCUUAUAAACAUCUAACUGUAAAGCAAGCUUGGCUACUAUUCUUAGUCUCUACUGAAGUCGGUUUAUGGUUCUUCUUGGGAGAAACAAUAGGCAAGAUGCAUAUUGUUGGAUAUAAAGUGUAAUAAAACUGUUGUGAUCGUUAGAACAAAAAAUAACA